AUGAACACAUCCACACCACAAUGCGCGUUUAUUGGCCUAGGAGCUAUGGGUAUCCAUAUGGCUAAACACAUCCACAACCAUCUCGUUCAAUCGGGUCAUCCACCCCUACUCGUAUACAAUCGUACGCGUGCUCGUGGCGAAUCGCUUGCUUCUGAAGUCCCUGGUCUCCAGGUUGCCGACUCGCUUCAACAAGUGGCACAAACAGCCGAUGUUAUUUUCACUUGUCUUUUGAAUGAUGCAGCUGUGUCCCAAGUUAUUACCGAUUUGUUAUCAGCGGGAUUGAAGGAAGACGCUAUUAUUGUGGAACAAUCAACCAUCGCACCCACUGUUACCAAAGAGCUUGCUGCCAAAGUAAACAAGGAAAGCAAAGCACACUAUAUCGCAUGUCCAAUUAUGGGUCCCCCACCCAAAGCUGCAGCUGCCCAAUUGAUUGUUUUGGCUGCUGGACCACAAAAUGUACGCGACAAAGUCCUACCUCUUUUGGUACCUGCUAUUGGCCCCAAGGCGAUUCAACUCGGUGAUGAUCCCGUACAAGCUUUGCAUAUGAAGCUCACUGGAAACUUUUUCGUUACCUCGUUGGUGGAGAUGUUGGGUGAAGGUAUGACGUUGGGCCAGGCAUCAGGUGUUGGUCAAGAUAAGGUCAAGGAGUUAUUGGAUGCUCUAUUCCCCGGCACGUUGAUUCCUCAAUAUGCCGAUCGCAUCGUGAGGAAUACAUACAAAGACCAAAUCUUCUUCCCAUUGUCUUCAGCAAGAAAAGAUGCCACCCACAUUAAGAAUUUGGGCAAUAGCGUCAAUGCAAAGUUACCCAUCACUGAUAUCUUUUUGGACCAUCUCAACUCGGUUCAAGAAUCCGAAGGAGAUCUCGAUAUUUCGGGUGUUGUUGUUGCAUCAAGAAAAGCUGCCGGUCUCAAUGAGGAUGGCUCGAAACCAUAG